CUCUACCCAAGCUGCCAAACUUUGAGAGUCCUCAUUUGGUCACUUAGCUGUACUGUCGUACUCUACCCAAGCUGCCAAACAUUGAAAAGGGGACAUCACCUCCAUUGCUGGGAACAAUGGAUGCCAAAGACUCUCCCAGUGCCACAAAACCAACAAACUUUCUUUGCAAAACUCCGCGGAUUCUCAUCAUCCGAAAGCAGACUUCAGAAGCGAUGACCGGUAAUGGAGAUGUCCUUCUAUCUGAUGGAAACCCAAACCUGGUUGAGGUCGAAAGAGAACCUCCAGAGAAGAUCCAAGUCAACCCACCUUCUGUGUUCUGUGGAAACGAUAGCAAUGGGAUCGGGCAGGAAGACCCAACUCCAAAGGAAGGUUCAGGAGACACGGAUGUGGACCGUGGAAAUGUUAAUUUAGAAGCCACCGAAGGGAAGCCAAUGGAGGAGAUGGCUAACCAUGACCACAAUUCUCUGCCCCCUGCCAAUGAAAAUUAUGGAAUCAUGACUUGGAGAGAUUGUGAUAUCCAGCAGUGCAAAAUGGAAUGGAGAAUCGGGGAAAACAUUGGGGCAGCCCUAGAUUGGAGUGGGAACAAAGCAUCAACAGGCUGCGACAAAGAGCCAUCCUAUGGUUGUGACAACGGUUCACCCGAAUCCAACGAUAUAACCAUCACGCGCCCCAUCGUGCAACAAUUCUCCAUGGACUACCGGUGGUCCCCGUUGCUGAAAUACUGCAAACCAGUGGAAGCUCACCAUGAGUGUGUCAGCGAGAAUUAA